UAAAGGGGAAUUUGAUGAAUAAAAUAAAAACGUAUUCGAGUUACUAAUGUAACAUUAUUGUAAUUUUUUCGUGUGUUAUCGCGUAGUUUUCGCUAACGUCUUGGUUGUUUGACAGAAAUCGAUACUGUUUAUUAUCAUCGUACAAAACGAUCGCCUAAUAAAAAAAUCCAAUGAGAACAAAAUAGUGAAACCGUUUUGUAAUCGUGAAAGUGAAAUUGAAAACAAUGUGCAGUGAAAAAGUUGAUAUUGAUUUGUCCGCUGCGAAUUCUGCGAUUGUUCGCCGUGACGUCAUCGCCGGGUGUCAAUAAGAUUCAAAGAUGGCGGACGAGAUUAGCUGAUCGGAAAGCGGCGCGCGCAGGCCACGCAUCAAGCGGCGAAUCAGGCGCAUCAUGCAGGUGUUCGGAGAAUGGGCACAAGUGGAGGUAGUGGAGCUGGUCAAUGAUGGCACAGGGUUGGCGUUCGGCAUCGUCGGCGGCCGCUCCUCCGGCGUCGUCAUCAAGAGCGUGCUGCCCGGUGGCGUUGCUGAUAGAGAUGGUCGGCUACGCAGUGGCGACAUGCUAUUGCGUAUCGGUGCAGUGUCUGUGGUGGGAAUGUGCGCACGGCAAGCGGCGGCCGUGCUGCGUCAGUGCGGUGCCUGCGUGCGUCUGCUCGUCGCUAGGCCUGCGUCCGCCGCUUUACCACCAUCUAUGCAGUCAUUAGGUGCUUCCCAAGCACCGGUAGUACCAUCUCGUAUGCUAGCCGACCCUGUAGAGCUAGAGAGGAGUUUGUCAGAGGCGGGGCACGAGGGCUUCGGUGCUCUGUGCGAGGACACCACGCCGCCUUCGCCUCCUCCCACUAUCAUUGAAGAGAGGUUACAUCAUAGGCCUGUGGCAUCAAUAGUGGCGGUGGUGCCGCGGGGAGCUCUCGCCCCCGCCCCGCGGCCUCCGCCUCUCAUAAUCGCACCUCCCGAGCCGCAGCCUCCCCCCAUGAGGUUACCAUUAGACAUGGCGGUGCGUGGCGGCCGAGAACCAGAGACUCUUAGUUACGAAGUUCAACUCAACAAGCACUCCGCACUCGGUCUUGGUAUUACAGUGGCCGGUUACGUCUGUGAGCAGGAGGAACUGAGCGGUAUUUUCGUGAAGAGUGUAAGUGAAGGCAGUGCAGCGGAUCUUUGCGGGAAAAUACAAGUCAACGAUAGGAUUGUAGAGGUGGACGGAGUUUCGCUGCACGGUGUUACUAAUCAUAAGGCCGUGUCGUUGCUACGCGACGCUAAAGGACCUAUCGUGCGGUUGAAAGCUUUAAGAUAUCUCCGUGGCGCGGGGUUUGAGAAGCUGCAGAAGGCGCUCGCGGCACAAGAUGGCCGCCGCUCUCCUGUCGCGCCGCCCAGCCCCUCAGUCACAUCACUUACCAAAUAUAGUUUUAGUGUGUACGACGAAUCCACAGUGAUAGAGGCAGAGGCGGAAUCAGAGAUACGUAACCCCCCCUCCCCUACCUCGCCAGGGGAGGAGGCGGAGAUCGUGAUCGGCAGGGACGAUGACAUCUCCGAGCGCGAGUUGCGCAGGAUACAGGACAAGUGGCGGGACAUAUUGAAAGAAGAGAAAGACUGGCCCGGACACCAACAUCAAUACGAUAUUGUGGUGGGCACAAUAAUGAAGGGGAAAGACAGUGGUCUGGGGAUAUCACUGGAGGGCACAGUGCGGGUGGUGGGGGGCAAGGAGGUGCAGGCGCGGCAUUACAUCCGCGCCAUCGCACCAAACGGACCCGUCGCAAAACUCGGCACUUACAGAGUUGGUGAUGAACUGUUAGAGGUAAAUGGUUGGCGAGUACUAGGAUCGCAUCACGUCGAAGUGGUCACGAGAUUGAGAGCCGUCACCUCUCCCGUUCUACUCGUGUGCGUUAGAAAGAGACAGGAGGAGAAUAAAGGACGCGAAAACAGCUUCUCAAAGAGUGCAAUAAUCGGCGGCAGUCUACAAGAUCUGCUGACUCCCCCGCAGCGGCUGAUCAAGGCUAAGUCUGAGAGUUCUGUCGCAUCUCUGUGUAGCGCCGCCACUGUCAUGUCUGCCGGACACGACCAUGAUGAAUUCUGUUCAGACGAUUUAGAACGGAAUCGUUCUCGCUCGUUGGAGCCGCUCAGUGGUCUUGCCAUGUGGAGUGAUAACAUUGAGUACAUUGAUCUGCAAAAAGAAGACCGAGGUCUUGGCUUCUCUAUAUUAGAUUAUCUGGACCCAUCAGAGGCGGGCAGCUCAGUGAUAGUGGUGAGGUCCGUGGUGUGUGGGGGCGCGGCGGCGGCGGACGGCAGACUGGCGCCCGGCGACCGACUCGUCUCCGUCAACGGUAUCGAUGUCUCCAGAGCCUCACUGGCUACCGCUGUUAGAGCUAUCAAGACCGCGCCUAAAGGGACAGUAACAAUAGGAGUAGCGAAGCCCUUACCUUGUAGUACUGUUGUUGGAGGUGAGAAGGCCAACGCAAAUAGCAUGCAGAGCAGUCAGGAAUGUGUUAACUCUAUCGCAUCAGACGACCACACUGGCAUGGACUCAUUUCACGAAUGUCUACAAGAGUACGGAGAAGGUUUAGAAGUUGUACAAAUAUGCUUAGAACCAGAGGAAGCAUCCAUCAAAGAUGAUGAAUUAUCAGCAUUAUGCGAUCUUAGUUUUGACGAAUGCAAAAGAGAUCAAAAAGUAGAUCAUAUUAGUAAAGAUCAGCUAGAUAAAGAAAAGAUGAAUGGUAUAACGGAAUUCAAAUCUUCGAAAUCUGAAGAGUCUUUAGACGAACCAGAUGAUGAUAUGACAAUAACUGAAGACGAUGUUUUAGUUUCUCCAAGAGAAUUCAAUAUUAGAAGUAAAUCUGCAGAUAGGAAAGAAACAAAUGGUAGUCGAAGUUUGUCAAAACAAAAUAGCAAAGAUUUGUCAACAUCCGAUGAGAUGGUUUUCGCAGUAACACCAACAGGUUUAGAGAGAAUCAGUUUCGAAAAGUAUUGGAAAGAUUGUGGCGAAACUACAGAAGUUUUACAUAAGGUUAAAAGUGAUGAAAGUUGGAAAGAGUGUUUGAAUUCACCAACAGAUGAAGCGAGUAGCUUUUACGAUACAACAACUAGAAUAUCCGUCCAGGAAGAAAAUAAUACACUUUUAUACAUCGAUCAUGAGAUAGACGGUUACGAAACAUGUCUCGACGAUGACUCAUCGUCUGUGAUGUGCGCUGAAAAAAACGGCUAUAAAAUCAACGGAGAUCGCGAGAUCAAAGAUUUUAGUAAACAAAACGAAGUUCAUAGAAACAAAGACAACGACGCGUGUGCCAAAACAAAUACGGAUCAGAAUAUUGGCGAUGUUGUCGACGAUUCGUCGUACACCAGGCCUUAUGUGCAAGAGCAUAUUAUAAAACAAAUGAAAUCAUUGCGAAUCGAACCGCUUAAUGUUAAUAUUAGCACGAAAAAGAUAAGAAAAAAAAGUCCAACAAAACCGUCCAAAAAUGAACGCCGAUGCAUCGAAUAUUACAACGACCAGGAUGAGUGCUUGAAGGAAAUACGACAGAAAAAAUUAGAAGAAGAAAAGAGACAUAAAGAAGAAAGGAAGCGUACACCAAAGAAGAAUAUAGCAAUAGAAAAGAAGAUGAUGUUAAAGAAACAAGAACCUAGUGAAGAAUCUACUGAUUUGGAGAAUAAUUAUGUACCAGAUUGUCAUAAGUGUUUCUUAGAGAACUAUGCGUAUGCUAUUACAAAAGCAUAUAUAGCUGAAGCAACUGCUUGUAAAUUUUGUGAAGUGAUUAGAGAAAUGUUAGAACCACCGAAAAGAAUACCAGAUAGAAGAAUGUCAGCUCCAGCAAGUAUAAGUUGGGAAAGUGGUUCAGAAUCGGAAGAAGAAUGUUUGUUAGCUGUUCCAGUUGUGAAGGAUAGAAGGAAAUCGGCUGGACCUUUAACAAUUUUAACAUCUCCGAGAAGAUCAAGUCACGUGAGUCCAAACAUGACGGUGACUGUGUCUCCCGACCGACAUACAGUGGGUGCCCAGCGCUGGGGCCCGUCGCGAUCUGUCACGCUCAAACGAAGCCCCGGAGCACCACUCGGAGUCAGCAUCGUAGGCGGUAAAGUUGACAUAAUAUCGAAUCAGAAUACAGCCAAUGGCUCUGAAAAGGCGAUAUUUGGGAUAUUCAUCAAGAAUGUGGUCCCUGAUAGUCCGGCGGGACUCUGUGGUGAACUACACACCGGUGACAGGAUUUUGGAAGUGGACGGUGUCUGUGUGAGAACAGCGCAGCACGAGAGAGCUGUGCAGCUGAUUAAGGCUGCGGGCAACACUGUCACACUUACUGUCCAAAGCUUGAUAGCCUGGAAUACUGAUUCAUCCGAUGUUGAUGUAACAUCACCAACUCCUUCGAGGACCCUAUCAUACAAGAAAGGUCCAGCACCGCCACCGCCAACAGCAGUCAAUCAAGUUCCUAAACAUGAUAUAAAGAUAACAGUCACAUCAGAAGCUGGCACAGAAAAAGAAGGAGAGAUAGACGCAGAAAAGGAAACAAAGGAGAAAGGAUCAUCUGAAACUGAAUCUUCUAAGCCGGUCUACUCUGACUCUGAGAGCAGUGAUGAAGAAGACGAAAGAGAAUUGAGUGGAAGAACAUAUUCUGAGAAAGGUGUUGAGAUUGAUCGAGCAUCUGCUGGAGCAAUCAAGCGCACUAAAGAAGAGAAGGAGGCGGAUCCAGAAGAAGAAGAUGACUUCGGCUACACAACAAAUAAAAUCCGCAAGAAGUAUGCAUCGCUCGGAGACAGUAUCGUCGUGGUCAAACUGGAGCGGUCCCCGAAAGCUGGUCUCGGUCUCAGCUUGGCGGGACACCGGGACCGCAGUCGCAUGGCGGUCUUCAUCUGCGGUCUUCAUCCCGCGGGAUCUGCAGCCAAAUCCUCACCACCCAUCAAAGUCGGCGAUGAAAUCUUGGAGGUGAACGGCAUAGUACUACACGGCAGAUGUCAUCUCAACGCAUCCGCCAUCAUCAAAGGAUUAGUUGGACCUGUCUUCAAGAUCAUCCUUCUAAGGCGUAAAUCAGCGUUAGAAGAUGUUGCCGUAAAACCGUUAACGCAGUUCCCAGUCGCCCUUGAUGAAGAGUCGGAGGAUCGAUUUGCCGGAUACAAAGGAGUACGAGACAUCACCAUCAAAAAGGGUCCGGCUGGAUUAGGAAUUAUGAUAAUAGAAGGACGGCAUACGGAGGCGGGGCGCGGGAUAUUCGUGUCCGACUUGCAGGAGGGCAGUGCUGCGGAACAGGCCGGACUUAACAUCGGUGACAUGAUCCUGGCCGUAAAUAGAGACUCUUUGCUUAGUUGCAGCUAUGAUGCCGCGGCCGCUAAACUCAAACACACGGAAGGCGUGGUCAUACUCACAGUGUGCAGUCCCAACAUGAAGGAUCCUGACAAAGAAGAUCCUUCAGGUGCGAGUGGGAAUCAAACUCCUGACGCGUUGUCAGCCGGCGCGUCUCGCCCGCAGACACCAAGACCUGCUCCAUCGCCUGCUAAAGCGGAGCCGCCGCCCGACCCCGCCACAGCGCCGGUGAAGCCCAACCAGGAGAUGGUCAUUGAAAUCAACUCCAACAAUGAGAACCUCGGAGUUGUCCUGCUCGGAGGCAGCGAUACAUUGAUUAAUGGUGCAGCAGCGGUAAUAUUAGACGUAUAUAAAACUGGGGCAAUCGGCAAAGAUGGACGUCUGCAGGUCGGUGAUCAGAUCCGCGAUUGCAACGGCAUUGCUAUCACAAACAAGAUGGCGCACGAGAGAGUCUGUCUCAGCAUCAAACUUAAAGCACCUAAGCUGAAAUUGACAGUGUUCCGACCUGAUCCGAUCCAGUACGAGGAAGUGGAAGUGGAGCUGACGAAGAAGGCGGGUCGCGUGUUGGGACUGACUUGUAUAGCUCCUGUGCAGGGAACUGGUGUUUACAUCGGAGACCUUCUCCCCGGUUCACCUGCUGAAGUUGACGGUAGAAUUCAAAAAGGUGACCUACUGGUGUCAGUCGACGGCAAGGACUUGUCCGGAGCGGACUACAUCGCGGCCGCAACUGCGUUGAAAUUGUGCGCCAACAAAACCACGAUUAAAGUGAAAAGAUUUAAAAUAAUUAGUAAAUAAACUGACAAUGCAAAAGUGACUUUAUUUUAUUGUGUUUAAGGUUUAUU